AUGGCGGAGCGAGAAACGGAGAAGCAAAUGUCAAUUAUAAGGUUAAAUGAUGAUGACGAUUACAGAGAAGAAGAGGAUGGUCUGCCCGACCCAGAAUUGGUCAUUAAACACCCAUUACAAAACUCCUGGGCCAUGUGGUUUUUCAAGAAUGAUAAAUCCCGGGACUGGAAGGACAAUCUGCGUGUGAUAACAACAUUUGAUACAGUCGAGGAUUUCUGGGGACUGUACAACCACACACUUCCAGCCAGCAGGCUGCAGACGGGCUGUGAUUACAGUGUGUUCAAGGCUGGUAUUCAACCGAUGUGGGAAGAUGCACAGAACAAGAAAGGUGGUCGCUGGCUGAUUAACUUGAACAAAACACAGAGACAGACGCAUUUAGAUGAUUUCUGGUUAGAAACACUGUUGUGUCUGAUUGGCGAGGGAUUUGAUGAGCACUCUGAUGAUAUCUGUGGAGCCACUGUCAACAUCAGACCAAAGGGAGACAAGCUGGGUCUGUGGACUCGAGAUGCAACUAAGACGGAAGCCACGAAAAUUAUUGGAUUAAAAUUAAAAGAAUCACUCAGUGUCCCAUCAAAGAUUGUCAUUGGAUUCCAGGCUCAUUCUGAUACUGCUGGAAAGGCAGGCUCUACAGUCAAGAAUCGGUUUACUGUAUAA